CUCAAGAGACUCCAAAACCCAGUUCCUGUUGACUAAUACAGGAGCACAGAUGGGACAAACAUUAACUUUAGGACAAAGUUCCUUCAGCACAACCUGAAGAGGAUAAAAUGAUAUGUGAGUGAAAGGUGUGCUGUUCUGUUUCAGCUGGAGAGACGUCAUGUUGUCUGCACAAGGAAUUAUUGUUUUUUACUUUUUCCACAGUGUAAUAACAGCCACAGCGCUGAUUGACUCUGAUGAUGUCAUCACACGGGAUGAGCAGAUCUACCUUCUGAUUGGUGCUCAUGCCAGGUGUGAAAGGAGCAUCAAGGCACAAAUGCCCCUCAUUAAAGAUGGCGACUGCAGCCCAGAGUGGGAUGGGAUCAUCUGCUGGCCACAGAGCACAGCAGGUCAGCUGGUCUCAGUUCAGUGCCCGGAGUACGUCUACGACUUCAACCACAGAGGGCGAGCCUACCGCCAGUGUGAUGUGUCAGGCAACUGGGAGCAGGUGGCAAGCAUCAACCGCACUUGGGCAAACUACAGCGAGUGCACCAGAUACCUGACCUUCAACCACAGAAGCCACGAGGAGAAGGUGUUUGAGCGACUCCAUCUCAUGUACACCAUCGGCUACUCCAUUUCUCUCGCAUCCCUGCUGGUGGCAGUCUUCAUUCUCUGCUACUUCAAGCGUCUCCACUGCACACGCAAUUACAUCCACAUUCACCUCUUCGCCUCCUUCAUCUGUCGAGCGGUCAGCAUCUUUGUGAAGGACGCUGUGCUCUACUCCAUAUCUGAUGGCAGUGAAGCUGAGCCCAACUUUACAGGACAGAAGCCCCAUAUGGCUGGCUGUAAAACGGCUGUCACUCUCUUCCUGUACUUCCUGGCAACAAAUCAUUACUGGAUCCUGGUGGAGGGGUUGUACCUCCAUAGUCUCAUCUUCAUGGCCUUCCUGUCUGACAAGAACUACCUCUGGGCCCUCACCAUCACUGGCUGGGGUGUUCCAGCUGUGUUUGUGUCCAUUUGGGUCAGCGCACGAGCUUCACUGGCAGACACUCAAUGCUGGGAUCUCAGUGCCGGAAACUUGAAAUGGAUCUAUCAAGUCCCCAUUCUGGCUGCGAUUGUUGUGAAUUUUCUCUUGUUCAUUAACAUCAUUCGCGUACUGGCCUCUAAACUCUGGGAAACCAACACGGGCAAACUGGACCCCCGACAGCAGUACAGGAAGCUACUCAAGUCCACAUUAGUCCUCAUGCCUUUGUUUGGAGUUCACUACAUGGUGUUCAUGGCUCUUCCCUACACUGAGGUCACUGGGCUACUGUGGCAGGUGCAGAUGCAUUACGAGAUGUUCUUCAACUCUUCCCAGGGGUUUUUUGUGGCAUUUAUCUAUUGUUUCUGCAAUGGCGAGGUGCAAGCCGAGGUAAAGAAGGCUUGGUUAAGACGUAGCCUGGUGCUGGACCUCAAGCAGAAAGCCAGGAUCACCAGCAGCGGCGGAGGCAGCUGUUACUACGGCGGCAUGAUGUCACAUACCACCACCCACAGCGUGUGCCUGUCUGCUGCCAAUCCCAGAGCUCUGUCCUUUGCUGGAGGGGUGGUUGGCUCAGGUGGAGUCUCUGGUUCUGGGGUCAGACCCCCGCCGCCACGUCAAGUUUCCACAACUCCCCCCCACCAUCAUACCAACCUGCGUAUUUACACUUCGACUGACAGCGAGGCCACAGGCCCCCAGCAGGAGCUGGGUGUGUGGAAACCAGAAGGUGCUGAGUCAGGAGGUUUUGCCAGAGAAGCUAAAGCCAACAAAGGAGAUGAUGACUGCAAAAGCCACAGAGAAGAAUAUCUAAUCAGCUCCUUAUCUCCCAAAGAGCUGGAGACCAUCUUGUGAUUGCUGCUACUUUGAAAUAUCACAGCAAGCAAAAUGUUUUAUCAUUAAGAGUACUGCUUUAUGUUUUUGUGUGUGUGUUUAGAUGAGGAUUUUGAGAAAUAAGGGAAUCCAAAGGCCUCUUAGUUUGGUGAAAGGGUGCUGAAAGACUUUAGUUACUAUAGAAAAGCAAAUCUGGGGACUAAGGCUGGGGGGUUUGCCAAAGUUUAAAUGGCUCAGAGUUGCAUAGAAAACAAAUCCACACUUCCAAUCCAAUUCUGUCCUGUAACGUGUCUAAUCAGAGUUUGCUUGUUAUAUUUAUACCGGUAAGUGUCAUGGUUGAGUGAUAAAAAUAAUGAUAAUAAUACAAUGGUCUUGUUUUCAGGGUUGCAACAUCAUAGUAUGACAUAAGCUGUUCAUAGUACAGUUGUGCAUCCUUUCAUAGGCUACCAUUAGUAACUGGACCACAAUUUAAGAACUCUAAAUCUAAAUUUUCGUGUCAUAAAGACAGAUGUUUUUGUGUGUGGAUGUGUCGUGGAUUUUUCAAGCUGAUGUGAACGGAGAAAUCCUAAGCUAAAGAAUUCAGUGAAGUCAAAGGACAGACCUGGAUGUAUAAAUAGUGAGAAUUUUUUCUCUCUCUUCUUGUCUUUCCUGUGUUGCAUUUUUCUGGCCACACUGACCUCCUUGUUCAAACUGCACUUCCUACAACCUGUCCCCGCCUAAAUGCACACCUCCACGUAUCAGCCACACAUUAAUGAGGGUGUGAACGCAUUUAACAAUCCAAAUGUCACAAUGAGAUUAGAUCUAAGGGCACCUAGACAGCGUGUCUGGACUUAUUUUCAUGUUUGUUGCUGUCCAGGUUUGCAGACCUAUUUAUCAGUCUGACAGGACCCUGAAGGCUGAUGCGUGAACCUCUCACCCCAUGCAGGCAAAACUCCAACUCCUUCUUUCGUGUAACCUCUGCCCUGAACGCCCUCACAACACUGUCCAGAAUUUCACACGCUCCCCUCAGGCUUUGACUCAGAGACAGAGGCACCUGAGCCGUUUGGAGACCUGGAGCGGGAGUGACAAACCUCUAAGCCACAAUCCACCGGCAUUCGCCGAGAAACAGACAGAAAACCAUACCUGUAAAUAUUUUAGAU